AUCCUGAGAUCCCUUUGCCUUACUAGUCCUUAGUCAACCGUUUGGUCCAGCUGGUUUAGCCAGGCCUGGCGGAGACAGACGAGACAUGUAUGGCGGCGGUAUACUUAGAACGCACGACGCACCCUCGCGACGGGGGCCACAUGGCACGGCGCACGCACUGCGAGCUUACAUAUACACCCGCUGGGCCCCAAGCGAGUCAGUCUGAGCUGGGCCAGCGAGCACAAUGUACUCCUCUCCUCUCCUUGUGUCCAGAGUCCAAAUGGAUAGGAGUGGACGAGCUGCAGAAAUCCCAUGUUCUGCUCUCCGACAAGGACCUCUUGAGCUGUCACGAGAGUCCGGAAACGCCCAUCUGCGCUCCAGCCGUCCCGGUGCAUGAGGAGGAGGACACCUGCGCGAUGGCCUUGCUGCUCUCCAGCAAGAAGGCCGUGACCCUCUGCGAGCCUUACCUCAGGUUCAUCAAGAACCCUCCUCCCACCUUCGUGUCCUUCCGUAGCGGACACACUUGGGCAUUCAGCAUCCAGCACCCUACCAACCUGAUGCUGACGGACGCGCAAGGACGACGGCUGAAUACCAACAUCACCCAGCUGCCUCACACAGGUUUGCUCCAUAUGCCGCCAUUCUCAGUCGCACUGGUCAAGAUUGAAAGAAUAGUUGGUGGUGUAAGGAGAAGGAGGAGGAAGAAGAGGAGGAAGCAGCUCAUGUUCAAUAUGAUGGUCAAUCAGAGUUCCACUAUUGGGAGAGGAUAG